AUGCCGGCGAGUCGCAGCAGCUGUCUCCCGGUGCUCGGCCUCUUCUGGGCCACCGCCUGCCUCGCAGCCGCCGGCGGAUACGUGCCCAAGUGGAAGAAGCAGGCGUGCGAGGUUCCAGCGAGCCAGAGCGAGCACAGCCACUACACGUGCAGUGACUCUGGGGAGCUGAGCUGCCAGCCAGGCUGGACGGGCGACGUGUGCGACGUGCCCAUCUGCCGCAAGGGCUGCGACCCACUGCAGGGCUACUGCAAGCGGCCGGGGGAAUGUCGCUGCAAGAUGGGUUUCUAUGGUGAGCUGUGCAACAAAUGCAUAACAAUGUUUGGCUGCCAGCAUGGCUACUGCAACAACAGCUUUGAAUGCCUAUGUGAGGAAGGCUGGGAUGGGCUCUUCUGCUCUGAACCAAUCUGCCGGAAGGACUGCCACGCGACCCGGGGCUACUGUGAGGCGCCGGGCGAGUGCCGGUGUCGGCUCGGCUGGGCGGGCGAGACAUGCCACGAGUGCCAGCCGCUGCCCGGCUGCCAGCACGGCACCUGCACGCGCCCACUGGAGUGCCGCUGCCACGCGGGGUGGACCGGUCUGCUGUGCCAGACGCCCAUCUGUGCUGAGACCUGCCAUAAGGAGAGAGGCUAUUGCAGAAAACCUGGAGAAUGCAGGUGUAAGACUGGCUGGAUGGGUGACAGGUGUGACCAGUGCCACCCGUACCCUGGCUGUGUCCACGGAUCCUGUCGCCGUCCGUGGGAGUGCAACUGUGAACCCGGAUGGGGAGGAAUGUUGUGUGAUCAAGAGCUCACAUACUGUGAACAAAAUGAAGAUCUGUGUGAAAAUGGUGCAACAUGUAUCAGCCUGACAGAGGAAGAUGGAAACUACCGCUGCAUAUGUGCCGAGGGAUUCACUGGCCGUAACUGUGAAGUAUCCAAGUUCACCACAGCAAUGUCCAUGCUUAACAUGACUACCACCAUGAAGCCACCUACAUCCCUGCUUCCUGGUGAACCACCUGAGGAAGAAAAUGAAGCUGCUUAAGAAAUAUCACAAUUUCUUCCGUCAGAUAUGUAAUACUGUUUUUUCUGAAGACCAUUAUUUUAAUAUAUAAAGUGCAAGUCCUUUGAAACAUAAAAAAGAACAUUAAUUUAAACUUGAUGGGGCUUUGGAAUGAAACAUGGAAUCUUGAAAAGGCUGUCACAAUAUUUCUGUGGGAUAAGUGCUCAGCAAUACAGAAAGCAAUAAAAAAAUUUUUUUGUUACAAUUAAAUCAUGAGCACCCAGCCGUUUUGGAACAUGGCUAAAUUUUGAUCUUGUGGUCUUAAUGUGAUUAUACGUAUAUUAUUCUUUUUUUUUUUUUUUUUCUACCUUUUGGCAAAGUAGAUGUCUAAGAAGCCUGCAUAACUGUGUGUGUACAGCUUAAUCACAUGUUUGCAGUUGUGUCACUGAUGCUUUGUAGUAUUAUGAAACAAAUUUUAUGUGCUUCAAAUAUUGUAACAGUAAUCUCUUAUUCUUCAAAAGCAGACACUGCAUUCCAAUAGUUUUAAUUUUCCAAUUAUCUUGGCUGAAAGAUCAGCACU